UAAUCGUGUCUUCACCGUGUGGGCCACAUCUCCAGGUGAGGUGUGGUCUGGCGGGCGCGUGGCGGAGCGGUGCGCGGCCAGGUAACCGGCGCGGGCCCUUUGGCUGGGGUGCGGCCUGGGUCCCCUCGGGGGACGGCCGGGCCUGGAGGGGGUGCGGAUCGCGCCGGUGCGAGAGCAAGGCCUCCUUCGUAGCCGAGGCUGAAAGGAGAACAGAUAAGCGCCCAGGUGUGUUGGAGUGACCCACUGGGAUCACCAAGAUGACACUCCAUGCCACCCGGGCAGCCGCACUUCUCUCUUGGGUCAACAGUCUGCAUGUUGCUGACCCAGUGGAGACAGUGCUGCAGCUCCAAGACUGCAGCAUCUUCAUCAAGAUUAUUAACAGCAUCCAUAACACUGAAGAGGGGCAACAAAUCCCACAGCAGCCGCUGCAAGAAAGACUAGACUUUGUUUGCAGUUUUCUACAGAAAAACUGGAAACAUCCCUUGUCCACACAAUGCCUGGUAUCUGUGCAGAAAGUGAUGGAGGGGUCCGAGAUGGAACUGGCCAAGAUGAUAAUGCUAUUCUUAUAUCACUCCACCAUGAGCUCCAGAAGUCCCCGGGACUGGGAACAGUUUGAAUAUAGGAUUCAGGCUGAGUUAGCUGUCAUCCUCAAGUUUAUGCUGGAUCAUGAGGAUUCACUAAACCUUACUGAGGACCUAGAGACUUUUUUGGAGAAAGUUCCUUACACCUAUUCCAACACUGUCUCUGAAGAGCUUUCUCCACCCAGCCACCAGGCCAAGAGGAAGAUUCGCUUCCUAGAAAUACAGAGGAUUGCCUCGUCUUCCAGUGAGAACAACUUCCUCUCAGGUUCUCCAUCCUCCCCUAUGGGUGACAUCCUGCAGACCCCACAGUUCCAGAUGAGGCGGCUGAAGAAACAACUGGCAGAUGAGAGGAACAACAGGGAUGAGCUGGAGCUGGAGCUAUCUGAGAACCUGAAACUUCUCACUGAGAAGGAUGCACAGAUAGCCAUGAUGCAGCAGCGCAUUGACCACCUGGCUCUGCUGAACGAGAAGCAGGCAGCUAGCUCGCAGGAGCCUGGCGAGCUUGAGGAGCUUCGUGGCAAGAAUGAAAGCCUUACUAUGCGGCUGCAUGAGACCUUGAAGCAGUGUCAGAACCUGAAGACAGAGAAGAGCCAGAUGGAUCGGAAGAUUAGCCAGCUUUCUGAGGAGAAUGGGGACCUUUCCUUUAAGGUGCGAGAGUUUGCAAGCCACUUGCAACAACUGCAGGGUGCAUUCAACGACCUGAUGGAGGAGCAUAGCACAGCUUCUCAGGAGUGGGCAGGGAAGCAGGCUCAUCUGGAAAACGAGCUCAGCACAGCCCUCCAGGAUAAGAAAUGUCUUGAAGAGAAGAAUGAAAUCCUUCAGGGAAAGCUUUCCCAGCUGGAAGACCGAGCAGCUCAACUGGGGGAGAGCCCAGCCCAGGAGAAGGGUGAGGUGCUGGGUGACGCCUUGCAGCUGGAAACCCUGAAGGAAGAGGCAGCCAAACUUGCUGCAGACAACACCCAGCUCCAAGCCCGUAUAGAGACGCUAGAGUGUGAACGUGGCCAACAGGAAGCCCAGUUGCUUGCUGAGCGGGGCCGCUUUGAAGAAGAAAAGCAGCAGCUGGCCAACUUGAUGGCUGACCUGCAGAGCUCCGUCACCAACCUCAGCCAGGCCAAAGAGGAGCUGGAGCAGGCCUCCCAGGCUCAGGGGGCUCAGCUCACUGCCCAGGUGGCCUCUCUGGCAGCACUCAAUGCCACCGUGCAGCAGCAGGAUCAAGAACUGGUCAGCCUGAAAGAACAGGCCAAAAAGGAACAGGCUCAGAUGCUACAGACCUUACAAGAGCAAGAACAGGCCACCCAGGGCCUCCGCCAGCAGGUGGAGCAGCUGAGCAACAGCCUAAAGCUGAAGGAACAGCAAUUGGAAGAGGCAGCCAAGGAGCAGGAGGCAGCCAGGCAGGAUCAUGCUCAGCAACUGGCCACGGUUGUUGAGGCUCAAGAGGCUUCUCUAAGGGAACGGGAUAUUGCUCGCCAGCAGCUGGAAACAUUGGAGAAGGAGAAGGCUGCCAAACUAGAGAGUCUGCAGCAGCAACUUCAGGCUUCUAAUGAGGCUAGGGACAGUGCACAGACCUUGGUGACACAGGCCCAGAAAGAAAAGGCAGAACUGAGCCAAAAGAUAGAAGAACUCCAUACCUGCAUUGAAGCUGCCCACCAGAAACAACAUCAGGCCCAAGCUCAUGUGACAGAGCUAGAGGCCCAGCUGAAGGCUGAGCAGCAAAAAGCAACUGAGACAGAAAAAGUGGUCCAAGAGAAGGCCCAGCUCCAAGAGCAGCUUCAGACCCUUGAGGAGACUUUGAAGAUUACCAAAGGCAGCCUUGAGGAGGAGAAGCGCAGGGCUGCAGAUGUCCUGGAGGAGCAGCAGCACUGCAUUUCUGAGAUGAAGGCAGAGUCCCAAAGUCUGAUGGAGCAGCGUGAGCAGGAACAGAAGGAAUUAGAACAAGAGAAGGCUGGGCGAAAGGGGCUGGAGGCCCGGUUACAGCAGCUUGAGGAGGCUCAUCAGGCUGAGACUGAAGUCUUGCGGCGUGAGCUGGCAGAGGCCGCAACCUCCCAGGACAGAAGUAAGCGUGAGUGUGAGCAGCUCAUCAGGGAGCUUGAGAGCUGGCAGAAGCAGUUUGAAGCUAGACAGCAAGAGGAAGCAAGAUAUAGUGCCAUGUUCCAGGAACAGUUAAUGGCUUUGAAGGGUGAACAUGGGAAGGCAGGCCACGAGGCACGAGAGGAGGCAGUAGAGAUCCGCAGUGAGGGCCAGCAGCAGAGUCAGCUAGCCCAGAUUUAUGCCAACCUGGCCAAAGCCCUCCAGCAGGUCCAAGAGAAAGAAGUCAGAGCACAGAAGCUGGCAGAUGAUCUCUCUCUUCUGCAGGAAAAGAUGGUUGCCACUAACAAGGAGGUGGCCUGCCUGAAGGCGUUGGUGCUCAGGGCAGGUGAGCAGCAGGACACAGCCUCACCUGAGCUACUCAAAGAGAUGCCAAGGGCUGAAAUCAGAGAGGCCGAAGAACAGCAGGGACGGCCAUUUGGCAGUACACAAGCAGUGCUGAAGGCUGUGGAGUGUGAAGCUGAGCAAAUGGGUCGUGAACUGGAGAGGUUGAGGGCAGCACUGAUGGAGAGCCAGGGGCAGCAGCAAGAGGAACGUGGACAGCAGGAGAGGGAGGUGGCACGCCUGACCCAGGAGCGGGGCCAGGCCCAAGCUGAUCUGGCUCAGGAGAGAGCAGCCAAGGCAGAGCUUGAGGUGAGGCUGCAGAACACCCUCAAUGAGCAGCGUGUGGAGUUUGCUGCUCUGAAAGAAUCACUGGCCCAUGCCCUCACUGAAAAGGAAGGCAAAGACCAGGAGCUUGCCCAACUUCGUGGGCAGGAGGCAGCUCAAAGAACAGAGCUGAAGGAGCUUCAGCAGACUUUGGAACAACUGAAAACACAGUUAGUCAAGAAAGAAAAAGAGCACCGUGCAGGGGGUACCACUGGAGAAGAUGCUUCUGGCCCAGGAACCCAGUUGGAGACAGUUGGAGAGACAGAAGCACCAGGCCCUGAGUUGGAGGCGCUUCGGGCAGUGGUCAGCAGGCUAGAGCAGCAGUGUCAGCAGCAGCAGCAGCAGGUUGAAGGCCUGACUCACAGCCUGGAGUCUGAGCGUGCUUCCCGGGCUGAGCAAGACAAAGCCCUAGAGACACUGCAGGGUGAGUUGGAGGAGAAGGCACGGGAGCUAGGGCAUAGCCAGGCUGCCUCAGCUUCAGCUCAAAGAGAGUUGGCAGCCCUCCGUGCCAAAGCCCAGGACCAUAGCAAAGCUGAGGAAGAGUGGAAGUCCCAGGUGGCUCGGGGCCAGCAGGAAGCUGAGAGAAAAAGCAGUCUUAUCAGCAGCUUGGAAGAGGAGGUAUCCAUCCUGAACCGCCAAGUUCUAGAGAAGGAGGGGGAGAGCAAGGAGUUAAAGCGCCUGGUUGUAGCUGAAUCAGAGAAGAGCCAGAAGCUGGAAGAGAGGUUGCGCUUGCUUCAGGUAGAAACAGCCAGCAAUAGCGCCAGAGCAGCCGAGCGCAGCUCAGCUCUGCGAGAGGAGGUACAGACCCUCCGGGAGGAGGUAGAGAAACAGCGAGUGGUUUCGGAGAAUUUGAGGCAGGAGCUGGCCUCACAGGCAGAGCGAGCUGAGGAACUGGGCCAAGAGUUGAAGGCCUGGCAGGAGAAGUUCUUUCAAAAGGAGCAAGCUCUUUCUGCCCUGCAGCUGGAGCAUACCAGCACACAGGCCCUGGUAAGCGAGUUGCUACCUGCCAAGCACCUUUGUCAGCAGCUGCAAGCUGAACAGGCAGCGGCCGAGAAGCGCCACAGGGAGGAGAUGGAGCAGAGCAAGCAGGCAGCUGGUGGGCUUCGGGCAGAGCUAAUGAGGGCACAGCGGGAGCUUGGAGAGCUAGGAUCUUUGCGGCAGAAGGUUGUUGAGCAGGAGCGAGCAGCCCAGCAGCUUCGGGCAGAGAAGGCCAGCUAUGCAGAGCAGCUGAGCAUGCUGAAGAAGGCUCAUGGCCUGCUGGCAGAGGAGAACCGGGGACUGGGAGAGCGAGCUAACCUUGGCCGGCAGUUUCUGGAAGUAGAGCUAGAUCAAGCCAGGGAGAAGUAUGUCCAGGAGUUGGCAGCUGUGCGCACUGACGCGGAGGCCCAUCUGGCGGAAAUGCGACAAGAGGCACAGAGCACUACCCGGGAGCUGGAGGUCAUGACUGCUAAGUACGAAGGUGCCAAGGUGAAGCUUCUAGAGGAGAGGCAGAGGUUCCAAGAAGAGAGGCAGAGACUCACUGCCCAGGUGGAGCAACUAGAGGUAUUUCAAAGAGAGCAGACUAAGCAGGUGGAAGAACUGAGUAAGAAGCUGUCAGAGUAUGACCAAGCCAGCAAGGUGCAGCAGCAGAAGCUAAAGGCAUUCCAGGCCCAGGGAGGUGAGAGCCAGCAGGAGGUCCAGCGCCUGCAGGCUCAGCUGAAUGAGCUGCAGGCCCAGCUGACCCAGAAGGAGCAGGCAGCUGAGCAUUACAAGCUACAGAUGGAGAAAGCCAAGACCCAUUAUGAUGCCAAGAAGCAGCAGAACCAAGAGCUGCAGGAGCAGCUUCAAGACCUGGAGCAGCUACAGAAGGAGAAUAAGGAGCUUCGGGCUGAAGCUGACCGUCUGGGCCGGGAGCUGCAGCAGACGGGGCUGAAGGCCAAGGAGGCAGAACAGACCUGCCGUCACCUUACUGCCCAGGUGCGCAGCCUGGAGGCACAGGUUGCCCAUGCAGACCAGCAGCUUCGAGACUUGGGCAAGUUCCAGGUGGCAACUGAUGCCUUAAAGAACCGCGAGCCUCAAGUGAAACCCCAGCUGGACCUAAGUAUUGACAGCCUGGAUCUGAGCUUGGAGGAGGGAACCCCGUGCAGUGUCGCCAGCAAGCUGCCUCAUACCCAGCCGGAUGGCACCAGUGUCCCUGGAGAGCCGGCCUCGCCCACCUCCCAGCGCCUGCCCUCCAAAGUGGAGUCCUUGGAGAGUCUCUACUUCACGCCCAUUCCUCCUCGGGGCCAGGCCGCCUUGGAGAGCAGUCUGGACUCUCCAGGGGAUGCCUUCCCUGACUCUGGCCGCAAGACGCGCUCUGCUCGCCGGCGCACCACGCAAGUCAUCAACAUCACCAUGACCAAGAAACUAGACGUGGAAGAGCCAGACAGCGCCAACUCAUCCUUCUGCAGCACGCAGUCUGCCCCUGCUUCCCAGGCUAACCUGCGAGCCACCUCCUCCAACCAGUCUCUGGCCCGCUUGGGCUCUCCUGAGGAUGGCAACUCGGCUCUGCUUAGCCUGCCUGGCUACCGGCCUACUACUCGAAGCUCUGCCCGUCGCUCCCAGGCCAGGAUGUCCAGUGGAGCCCCCCAAGGAAGGAACAGCUUCUACAUGGGCACUUGCCAGGAUGAGCCUGAGCAGCUGGAUGACUGGAACCGCAUCGCAGAGCUGCAGCAGCGCAACCGCGUGUGCCCACCGCACCUGAAGACCUGCUAUCCUCUGGAGUCCAGGCCUUCCUUGUGCCUGGCCACCAUCACUGAUGAGGAGAUGAAAACUGGAGACCCCCGGGAAACCUUGCGCCGAGCCAGCAUGCAGCCAACCCAGAUUGCUGAGAGCGCCGGCAUCACUACCCGGCAGCAGCGCAAACGCGUCUCUGAGGAGACCCACCAGGGCCCCGGCACUCCUGAGUCCAAGAAAGCCACCAGCUGCUUCCCACGUCCCAUGACUCCCAGGGACCGGCACGAAGGACGGAAGCAGAGCAGCGCUGCUGAUGCCCAGAAGAAAGCAGCUCCAGCUGUUCUUAAACAGGCUGACCGGCGCCAGUCAAUGGCCUUCAGCAUCCUUAACACACCCAAGAAGCUGGGAAAUAGUCUUCUAAGGCGAGCAGCGUCAAAGAAGACUCCAGCAAAGGUCUCCCCCAGUGCUCGCAGUGGAACCCGCCGCUCUCCACGCAUUGCCACCACCGCCGCCGCUGCUGCUGCUGCCACCUCUCGGGCCAAAGGCAAGGCAAAGCAUUAAAGAGUCAACAUCAGUGCGUGGCCCCACCUGUGUACUCAGCACUGACCUUGCCUGGUCCUUUUCCUUCUACUGUCCCUCUCAGUGCCUUCUCUCAGCUUCCAGGCCAGCGGUGGCCAGCCCCCGAGAGACAGUGAUGCUUGCCUGCACCCUGGCCUGGUAUCUGGACUUUGACUGGUUCCUUCAGAGCUGGCCCAGGAGGCUUGGAGCUUGGACAGUGUGUGGUCUUCUUCCUGUCUUGCCUCCUGAUUUUUUUUUUUUUUUUUUUCCUUUCUUGGAGAAAAGUCCACUUUUCCAUCAUAACUAGAUUUGAGGCUGGAUUCUUUAGCCCAGACAGUCUUCCUUAGUCUCUGGACCUAGAAGGGACCAUUGGAGAAGCAGGCUCUGCUUUCCUGCUGUUCCUGGUGGCUGGGCCUGGCAGGGGCCUUUGCUCUUGAAGCCCAACAUUGGGCAUGAGCUGGUAGGAGCCUCUGCUCUUACCUGUUCCCAUCUACACAAGGAUGCAGCUGCCUGGAGGAUGCUCUUUUUCCAGGACAGAUGGGUCCUGGGUCUCAGGGGUGGGAUAGUGGGCAGCCUUCAGUGGCGGCUCACACCUCACCUUCCCCAGACUUGCACUGGGGUGGGAUACGGAACGGUGGGAAGGUUUUUAAGGGCCGGGGAUGGAUCUUUUCUAAAUGUUGUUACUUGUAAAUAAAGUCUAUUUUUCUCCCUUGA